GGUGAAAUCCUGACAUUUCAAGUUGAGUUCUUCAAUCUUUGCCAAAAUUCCAAGUUCCGAUACAGAGUUAAUCUGUACGUGAUAGAUGAUCGGUGGAGGGAUGUUUCGUUAAUUGAGUAUUGGCCAGUCAGAAUCAGAAUCUAAACUUCGGUGUAGCGUAUGAAUAUAUAGACGUAUAUGUAUGUAUAUUCUUGUAUGUACUUGUAUGACGGAAAACCAUCAAACACUAUUACAAUGAUUAAACCAAACGAGGAAAAUCUCAGGCCUUUCCAAUAUCCGCAAACUGUAGAAUUCAAUGGCCAUGAAGACCAACACUCUGUUGAAUUAUUCAGCACUGAUGUUACCAUUGUUCCAUCUCCUGGUGGACAUGAUCAUGGAAGUUCUAAAGUCAAGCUUAAAAACAUUGUCGAUUUUACAUGGGAACUUAGAUUCUAUACAGGACAAUUACUCGCUGUUCAUAUGUCUGGAAAAUAUCUUGCCUAUGGCAUUAAAGCAGGAGGUACAGGAGGAGGUGUUGUUCGGGUUGUGUACAAAGACAGAGAACAGCGUGCAUUGCUUAGGGGAAUGAAAGGCGCUGUACAAGAUUUGGCUUUUGCACACAUUAAUAGUGCCCUCUUGGCUUGCAUUGAUCAUUCGGGAAGUUUGUUUGUGCAUUCCAUAGAAUCUAUGCCUCUGAAAUUAGUAUGUACUUUGAUAUUACAAGUCGAUGCAGAGGAUACAUCCCCAACUAGCCAUCGUGUCAUAUGGUGCCCCUAUAUCCCUGAGGAUGAACCUGCCGAAGGUGAUGAAGUUUCCAAACUUUUAGUCCUGACUCGUGGGUCUAAAGCAGAACUUUGGUCAGUCGCAGCUGUUGCUGCAAGACUUGGACCAGGACCCAUCAAGGUCUCAGACGUUUCACAAAACGAAGAAUGGGGGGGAAUGAUGGAGAUCAAUCAACACUCUGGUACGAUAGUUGAGGCGACGUUCAGUCCAGAUGGUACUGCUCUUGCUACGGCAAGUCUUGAUGGCGAGAUAAAAUUCUUCCAAGUUUACAUGCAAAGCAAUAAUACUCAACAUGGCAAUCAGCAACAACCGAGGUGCCUGCAUCAAUGGAGACCUCAUGCUGGUCGUCCAAUUUCAUCUCUAUUUUUUUUAGAUGACCACAAAAAUUAUCAACCUGAUGCACAAUUCUGGAGAUUUGCAGUAACUGGCUGUGAUAAUAACUCUGAAUUGAAAGUCUGGUCGUGCGAGUCUUGGACCUGCUUACAGACGAUUAAAUUCGCUCCUUUGAACGGGAAAACACCAGUCUUGAAAGCGGGACUUGACUUGAGCGCCGGGUAUCUUCUACUUUCUGAUAUAUACAACAAAGUUCUGUACAUACUCAGUCUAGCUAAGGAUAGCGCAGAUGCCCUAGCUUGUGUGAAUACAAUAUCAGAAUUCUUGUUGCCUUAUCCAAUUCUGAGUUUUGGCAUAGUAGAUGCUGGACAACGAAGAGUUAGACCCACAGGAGAAUCUCUCGAAGAUUUAUGCCCAUUAGAAGAUGAAUCAGAAGAUCAGCUGGUAGUCAGGAUGUAUUUAGUUCAACCAAAAUCUCUGCAAGAGUGUCACAUUGCAUUUAGACCAGCGAUGCAAGUUGACGGUCAUUGUCUAAUGGACACUUUAACCCAUGACUCUCUAGAUUACAUGGAAGAUUUACCAGGUAUAGCUGCUGUUAACCAGAACGGUGAAGUGGAAGAGAACGGAGAUGAGGAAUUGACGGUCGUUGCAGCUAUCGAGGCAGCAUCUUCCAACCACAAUACAGGUCUGAACCUAAUGACACCUGAUGCAUUCAGCUCACCAGCUAAGAAAGAAGGAAACAAUUCAGACUCUAAUUCUGCAAGCCCUGAUCUAGGAGCGGUUUUGUCAGCGAGUCCCUCACUUGUGCAGGUUGUUCAAGCGUUAAAUUCAUCUGAACCUCCUUUAGCAACAAGCGAAAUAGGAGAGCAAGCCCCAGCCAGCGGAGGAAGCAGUCCUUCAAGAGAAGUUAGAGAGAUCUUUUCUCUGGGUGUCCCAGAAGCUGAGGCGGAAACUAAGCCAGAUUCAGAAACAGCUGUUGCAGAGAUUUGGCCUGGUAUUCCUAUUGAGUUAUUAAAAGAAGUUAAUGUUCCGGAUAUAGAAAAACCUGAAAAGUUUGCUGCCAGCGACCAGGAUACAGAGAUUGCAAAUAACAUACCAAAGAUUGAUUUACCUGAACCUCGAAUAGAAACCACCCGAACUGAAGAAAACAAAUGGCGUGUUACGGAUGAUGGACAUAUUCUUGCACUCACUACAAAGCUUGAUGCUAUUUUGAAAAUGGUUCAAGACCAGCAGCAGGAACUGAGAGAAUUAAGAUCUGAAGUUACUAGAUUGAGGCAAGAUACUCCCAUGGCGAAUCGGGUUGAGUCGGCAUUAGCCAGGGCUACUCAACAGCAAAACACAUCUAUGGAACAAACAUUACUGGUUCAGCUGUCUCGCCAACAGGAGGUCCUCCAUUCUCUCGAAAGCACUAUUACGGGAAAAUUAGAAAAAAAUUUACCACAAAUAGUAGAUGGUGCACUUGAUCCUUUGAGGCAUCAGCUGCGCCUUGAUGUUUCUCACAUGGAUGAACUCAUGAAAGAAAAUCUUACCCAGUUGGUGAAUGGUGCUCACAUACGCGAUACCCUCACCCUGGCAGCUGCUAAUGCUGCUAAACCAGCACUUGAUAGCGUUUUUAAAGAAGCUUUCACAAACGUACUCCUACCGGGAAUGGAGAGGGCAUGCCAGACUAUGUUUAGACAAGUUCAAGAUGCCUUUUCUAGAGGAACUCGUGAAUACAUUCAAAAUGUCGAUGCAGUAGCAGAUAAGCAAAGACAGCGAAGAAACGAACAGCAAAGCGAAGCCCUUGCAGCAACGGUUCGUCAGGAACUGCAAAACGAACUUACUAAAGGAGUCAGAGUCAUACAGGAAGGAACUACUAGAGUAGUUCGCGAUACAAUCAGAGAAAAUUUUAGCCAGCAUCUUACAGAAAUAUCUGGUGCAAGAGAAAGACUGUUUGGAAAACUGGAAAUUAUCUCUAGAUCACGGGCAACGACUCCUGGUCCUUCAACUCCAGUAGGGGCUGAUGCUCAAGCAAGAGUUCUAAAUCUCUUGCAAAGAGGUCAGCUGAACGCAGCAUUCCAGCAAGCAUUGAGUGCCAGUGAUUUGAACCUUGUUGUUCUUGUUUGCGAACGUACAGAACCAAGCCGAGUAUUUGCAACACCACCUGCUCCAGGUGGUGCACGUUGCUUACUUCAACAACCCGUUCUUCUAUCAUUGAUACAACAACUAUCUGCUGACUUGGGACAUAGAACUGAAUUGAAAUACAGAUGGUUGGAAGAAGCUGUGAUGAAUUUGAAUCCGGAAGACCCGGUAACUCAUGGACACAUGGGAACCGUCCUAUUAACUUUGCAGAACCAAUUGGCAGCAUUUGUGGCAGCCAAUCCACUUCAUCGAUCGGCUAGGCAGAUGAAAAUGUUAGCUAUGGCUGCCAAAGCCCUACGAACCCAAAGUCUGUGAUUCAAAUUUUGUUAAAUACAGUUGUAGUUUAAGUUCAUAUUUUAAGAAAAAAGACCGAGGUGACCUUGUGUAUGUUUCAAAAUAACAAAGAAACGGCACAUCAAAGACUGCAAGCGUAAUUAUCUCUAAUCAUUAUUUGCAUUGUGAGUUAUGAAACAGGUACUGAAAAUUAUUUAGGUGAUACAAUCUUGACUUUGAUGAUAACCUUGAACACGUUUGACAAAUCGAACUUUCAUUAUUGCCUUCUGUUUUCUUCCAAUUAAUUCUCCAGACUGACAUCCCUGAAGCUCGAGUAGAUAUUGAAAUUUCUUUCAGCUUAAACAGCCUCACGCAGCUAAAUACGUGUCAGAACUUUUCCUCUUGUGAAAAAAUACUGAUAGAAUAUGGCGAUUGCAGAUCUUUGUACACCGGUGUAUUAACCAGAUAGGUAUCCUUCGAACAAGUCAGUGAGAGAAAUAUUAGUAUCACUUAUUGAUAUUCAAUUGGAACAUUCGAAGAAUUUAGAUCUAAAAUUUUGUUUCCCUUUUUUAUAAUUAUUCUCAACCUACUCUUGAGUCGAACGAUAUUGUUUGUUGGAAAAAGAGGCUUCACUUGUUCUGUGCUAUUCCUUCUUAGGCCUUCAACCGUCGUGCAUUUCAACGAAUUAAACAAAUUGGCAAACUUGAAUUCAAAUUGCGGGAUAACGCUCAUAAUCAUAUCAUAUUUUGCAUGCUCAUAAUAUAAUAGCAUUGGGCGUUUAUUAUUCUGUGCAUUCAAAACAAAUUUCAUUCUUUUUCAUUAUGAUAAUAAUUUUAUUCACUCUAAUCUCUGCAAUUGUCUUCUUAUACAUAUAUGUAGUUGUAUUUUAAUACAAUUCCUAUAAAACUUUAUUAAUCUCCAUAGAUUUAAUCAUCAGAAUUGAAGCCCUUCUUGCAUUAUCGGGUAUUUAUGGUGCAGAUAUUCCUGUGUAAUAACGUUAGGUAUGUACAAAUAUGUACAAUAUCAAGUAGAAUGUUAAUUAGAAAAGUGAGUGUCGUUCUUAGCACAAAACAAACUGAAGAUGAGAAAGCAAAAUAAGACGACGCGUCCGGUACCUUCCUAAUACGUUAAUCUUGUUACUAAAUAUCUUAUCAUUUCAUUAUGUAAUUAAAUUUAAUCGCUAUUCCUAACUAUUGAGAAGAGAACUGCCCUAUUGAUUGCAUAUUGUAAAAGACGUAUAGAUUAUGCACGAUUCAGAGGGGCCGGAGAUAAGCAAAUACUUUAUUAUCACAAAUAUUGAAUAAUAAAUUUGAUUUCAUAUA